AUGUACACUCCAACGAUCCUCGUGCUGUGCCUGGCGGUUGCCGUAUACGGCUUCCCCGAAGGCCAGAUUGUCGGUGGUCGCGAUGCCCCGGUCGGCAAGUUCCCGUACCAAGUAUCGCUCCGACAAAAUGGAAAUCACUUCUGCGGUGGAUCAAUCAUUAACUCACGUACCAUCCUUACCGCGGCUCACUGCGUCGCAGGAUUGAGGAACCUUAAGGCCGUAACUGUCCAGGUUGGAACCAAUCAACUGAAAUCGGGCGGAGUUUCUUACGGAGUGGAAAAAGUUGAUUCUCACCCUAAAUACAACUCAGUAACGAUCGCUAACGAUAUUGCUGUGAUUCGCCUUAAUGCUGAUAUCCAUUUCACUGACUUGAUUCAACCAAUCAAGCUGGCCACCUCUGACGUCCCAGAAGGAGGAACUGUUACCUUGUCUGGAUGGGGAACCACUAGGAAUGGAGGACAGAUACCCAACAACUUACAGGAAAUUGACUUGCAUGUUUACUCUCAGAGCAAAUGCAAGCUGGUCCACUGGAACGUGCAAGCGUCCCAAGUCUGCACGUUCACGAAAUCCGGUGAAGGAGCAUGCCACGGUGAUUCUGGCGGUCCCCUUGUCGGCGGUGGUAUCCAAAUCGGUAUUGUUUCCUUCGGUCGCCCAUGUGGUAUUGGAUACCCCGAUGUCUUCACCAGAGUAUCCUCUUUCGUGCCCUGGAUCCAGAGCAAAAUGAACUAAACUCAAGAACAACAGUUUAACAUUAUAAUGCACUGAUUUGAUUGGCAUUUAAUAAACACUACUUAUUUGUGAUUAAAAAAA